AUGACAUUAAAUACUAAAUACGGUCAAUAUUUAUUAAAAACACUUCCAAUUAUUAAUUAUACAUUUAAUAAAAAAGAAUUAUCAUUAAAUAUUCCAGCGAAUAAAAUGAUUCCUAUUUUUUUUUUUUUAAAAUAUCAUACUAACUGUCAAUACAAAGUUAUUUCAGAUAUUUGUGCUGUAGAUUAUUUAAAUAGAUUAAAUAGAUUUGAAGUUAUAUAUAAUUUAUUAAGUAUUAGAUUUAAUACUAGAAUUAGAAUAAAAAUUAUUAUAAACGAAUUACAAUCUAUUGAUUCAAUUACAAAUAUUUAUAAAGGAGCUUCUUGGUGGGAAAGAGAGGUUUGGGAUAUGUUUGGGAUUUUUUUUAUUAAUCAUCCAGAUUUAAGAAGAAUAUUAACUGAUUAUGGUUUCGAAGGUUAUCCUUUACGAAAAGAUUUCCCAUUAAGUGGUUAUUUAGAAGUUUAUUACAAUGAAUUAAAAAAAAGAGUUGUUUAUGAACCUAUUCAUUUAUCACAAAAAUACAGAUUAUUUGAAUUUAAUAGUCCUUGGAACAGAAAAACUAAUUAA